AUGACUAACCCGGAACUGUCCACCGCCAUACACUCGUACAAACAUGCUGUGUUGGCCUACCUCAACUUUGACUAUUGGGCCAAGAUCGUACCAGUGGCUGAGAAGGCACUGAAAACUCCACACAGAGAUACAGGCGAGAGCCUCACAGCCGGUCUGCUAGCUGUUGACUUCUUGACUUGGUCGAGGCAAGUCCAGCGAGGGAAGGAGAUGCUAGCCACAGUAGAGAGGGUGGCUGACGAGACAGGCCAAGCCUACCCAGAAUACAUCUCUAAUUUGUUGAAGGCUUAUCAAUCCUGCAUCAAAGCCACUGACUAUGAGAAAGCCUACGGCUACUUUUACCGCUCCUGGGCCACAGGGCCCCAUCAUGAGGACCUGUUCGCAUUGAAGAGAGCUCAAGUGAUGGCUUUGAAAUGCGGCCGAUCAGACCUCAUCCAUGAGGCCAUCGCGGAGCUCUAUAAAACACACAGCUUCAGUUUGUCCACUAUUCCCUUCAUGGCAGGAAUGGUAUCUUUCGGUUUAGAGCAGGCCGGUGACUACAGUGGAGCCGAACGUUUCAUAGUCUAUAUUUCCAAGUAA